AUGGACUCAAAAAUCGACACGGUGAAUAUUUUCAAGAGAUUGUUCUUUUACUGGAAAAUUUUGGGCUUAAAAACCAAUUAUAAUAAGUAUUUGAUCGGUCUCCAUGAUAUUUUUGUGAACAUUUUCGCGACGUUUGCCUUUCCGCUUCACCUGCUUUUGGGCGUGAUUUUCGCCAGCGACAAGGAAACCGUUUUCACCAAUCUCGCUAUCGGUAUUUCCUCGAUUGCCUGCACAGCCAAGCACUUAACGCUUCGUCCGCAACUCAGCCAGAUAAUCUUUGUUAACAAAAUUCUACAGAAUCUGGAUCAGCGGGUGCAAAAUGAAGAGGAUACGAGUUACUACUUGAAAAAUAUGCGUGGGAGGUGCAGUUUCAUGAUUAAUUUCUUUACUGUCUCCUACUUUUCGGUAUCGUGUAUGGCAGUGCUGACUGCUCUUUCUACUACCAAUAUAUUAUAUCCAGGUUAUGUGAUUGUCGAUUGGCAAAAUUCGAUAUGGAAGUACUUGGCGGUAUUGGUCUUUCAAACAUACGGGCUGAAAAUGCAAAUCGUGCAGAAUCUCACCAACGAUGUUUAUGGACCUAUGAUUCUUUGCAUGCUUUCGGGCCAUAUUCAUUUGCUCUCCAGACGUAUUUCACGCAUUGGACACGAGCACGAAACCGAAGGCCAUAAAAACUAUGAAGAGCUAGUGCUCUGUAUAGACGAGUAUAAAGUAUUGAUGAAACAAGUGGAACGGAUGAUCUCCCCCAGCUACAUGGUACAGUUUACAGCUGUUGGCAUUAACGUCGUGAUCGGUCUCUUAUAUUUACUUUUCUUCGCCGACAGUCUCUUUGCUUACAGCUAUUAUAUUUUCCAUAUUUUGGCCAUUAUGAUCGAGAUUUUUCCCUGCUGCUACUAUGGCAGCAUGGUUCAGUUGGAAUUCUAUGCGCUGUCUUACGCCAUAUUCCGCAGUAAUUGGACAUCACAGUCUCGCACUUUUCGUCGUGCUGCUGUUACGUUGACGGAACUUACUCUGCGAGAUGUCAUUGUAUCGGCGGGUGGCAUGAUAACACUUGAUUUGGACUCGUUCUUCAAGACCUGCAAAAUGGGGUACUCAAUAUUCACUGGUAAACACACCAGAUAUCUGCGCAUCGUCUAUGACCUUUGGGUAAACCUCGUUGUCACUUUUGGCUUUACGGGCCAUGUGAUAUUGGGAUUCUUCUUAAGCACCAAUAAGGAUGAAUUCUUCAACAGCCUGGUCAUCAGUGUGGCAUGCAUUAAUAGCGUCAUGAAACAUUACAUUCUACGCUAUUUUAAGCAAGAAAUAUGGGAUCUGAAUGAAAUCAUUUCACAGCUCGACGAUCGCGUCCGCAUCAAGGAAGAUUACGAUUACUACAAGCGUUAUAUAGAGCGACCCUGCAAAUUUAUGAUGCGUUUCUUCUUUAGCUCCUACUCUGCGGUUAGCUUAACAGCUUUAAUGAAUGGCUUAGCCACCGGAGAUCUGCUCUAUCCUGGCUAUUUGCCACUACCAUGGCGCACGUCGGGUUCAGCAUAUGCAGCUUGUGUCAUCUACCAGUUCUAUGGCGUCUCCAUGGAAAUUGUGAAGAAUUUAGGAAACGAUUUAUAUGGACCGCUGAUAUAUUGUUUGCUUUCCGGGCAUGUGCAUUUAUUGGCAAAUCGGGUUUCACGCGUUGCUCACAAUAAUCCGGAGAAUGUGGAGAACAACUAUAGAGAAUUAUGCGAGUGCAUUGAAGAUCACAAAAUGUUGAUGAACAUCAAAACCAAAGUGGAGCGCAUCAACUCGGGCGUUUGUAUGGUACAAUUUUUUGGCGUUGGCGUCAGCCUGUGCAUUGGUCUCAUUUAUUUGCUGUUCUUCGCCGAUAACUUGUUCGCCUACAUUUACUACUCGGUUCAUUCAAUGGCCAUCAUGACCGAGCUAUUCCCGUGUUGCUACUUCGGCAACAUGUUGGAGUGUGAAUAUUACGAUUUAUCUUAUGCAAUUUUCAGGAGCAACUGGACGACGCAGCCACGUGCAUUCAGACGCAAUGUAGUGAAUUUCACAGAGCUGACACUGAAGGAGGUCAACAUGUAUGCCGGCGGCAUGUUUCGUAUAAAUCUCGACACAUUCUUCGCUACAUGCAAGAUGGGAUACUCUUUCUUCACCGUUGUACAGAGCAUGAAGUGAAAGAAAUCGGAAAGUGGAUUAAAACUUAUGAACGCCAAGUCUUUUCUUGUAGUUUUUUGUGCUGAAAACAAUAAAAUUGAGCAACUUU